UUCCUCUCCAAAUUCAGGAGUCGAGUCAAAGUCUAAAACUUUUGUUAUUUCCUAACGUGUUGUGCAAAGAAACACAGAUGUAUCAUCAACUGUGACGAGACGAGCUGUGACGUAAAAGGAGCGAUGAGAACUGAGCGUCAUCACCCAAAGCUCCAAGUGUGUGAACACCCAACGACCAACGCGCGCGCCCUCACUGAAGACACGCGGGGAAGAAGUCUCACGCCGCAACCAUAACAACGGCGCGUAACAGAAACGCAGAUUUCACCGAGUAGAACCAGAUCUGCGAGCGGACGCAUCUUGAAUCCAGAUCCCUGCUUUUCCGUCGUACCUGCAGGAAUGUGGGCGUCUGCGAAUGCCGUGCAUUAUAUUACAGGCUGCUACAGGCUCCGGGAGCGGGUCGAGCCCCACGCAGCCGACGGCGCUCGUGUUUCUGCCUCCAUUUAUUAGUCGUGAAUAGUUUUUUCACACCUCUGUGGUUUCCUCCCUGAACACAAUGAAUGCAAAUCAGCUCAUUUUGUGGCCAGAGGAAAUGAAAUGUUUGAUGCUCCUCUGGCCGUCCGUCCUCACGAAGAGCAUCGCGUCCACACUGAAUCACGUGGCCAGUGUCUCACUGUCUCCAGGGCAGAGGGAAGAGCGCCCCCAUGUGGCGAAGCGCUCGACCCAAAGCUGCGACAGCUCGUUUGACGGCUACUGCCUGAACAACGGCCAGUGCAUGCUGCUGGUGGACAUCAAUGAGCACCACUGCAACUGCGACCUGGGCUUCUACGGGCACAGAUGUGCUGAAGUGGACUUCGUGUCUCGGCCCAUGGGGGAGACGCAGAUCAUCUUCAUCACCUUCUGUGUGAUUCUGCUGAUCCUCGGUCUGGCUGGAGUUCUGUACUUCUUCUGGAAAUGGUAUAAGAACAGAUUGAUGAGUCAGCAGAAGGCUGCAGGAAGCAGGGCGGCCCAAACGGUGUAGAGCAUCACAUGGAACCGUGGCUGAUCUCAACACGCCGCGAUCCGACCUGACGCGUUCACCCUCCGGCUGCCGUCGCCGGCUCGUUGCUCCUCGCUGCCGCACGUCACGCGCCUUCGCUUCGCUUUGCGGCGCGGGCAGAUCCGGACAAAGACAUGGAAAUGUUCCCAACGGGGCCGCUUUGUUUGUUGUUUCCUGCAGCUUGAGUUCUAGUGUUUCAUCACCUGCCGCCCUCGUGUUUGAAAAGAGACAAUGCACCCGCAAUCAUGGAAAAAUAAUAGAAACUAAGUAAAUAAGAGGCGUAAGAGUGGCUCCAUUAAUCGACCACACGCCGUCUGAACCACAAGUGGUUCGUUCUGAUUUUAAGGGUUUCUCGUGUUCUCGUGAGUGGUUUCUUAUCUUGGUUACCAGUUUUUAACUUGUUAUUUUUUAGCUCAUCUUUUUAUUUAUUGGUGAUUAUCAGCGUUUUACAUCUGUUAAGUGUAAAUUUAAAUCAGUUCUCUCGUUUUUAUACAUUAUGAAAGUAUUAAUAUAUACAUUGUGCAUUUCAUUACUGCAAAAACAAUAAGUACCACGUUUUUCUGUUUUCUCCGUUUUACAUAAUGUUUUGCAUUGGCAGUAUUAUUUUGCUUGAACCAGGGAAACAUGUUUAAUAAAGUAUAAAAGUAAAUACGU